AAGAUAAACAAGUCUAUCCUUAAUAAUAAAGAGGCAAAAUUUCAGCCUCUUUUUUUCGUCUGGGCCGUUUUUCGUCUGGCCCAUUCAGCACAUUCGCAGUCGUCUGGCCCAUUCACGUAGACUUCCUCCGCAGGCCCAUCUCCCCGUCUCCGCACAGAACGCCUUCAGCAUCUCAUCACAAUAGUUUUCUCCUCCGUAAAAAAACAGUCAAGUCGUAGCACUCGACGGGAUGAAGCGCCGCCGUUCGUCGUCUCCUCCGUAAAAAAAACAGCCAAGCCGUAGCACUCGAUGGGAUGAAGCGCCGCCGUUCGUCGCCCACACCACGCGCGCUCGCCAUCCGCUCGCCCUUGGGAGCUCGCUGCCCGCUCGCCCAAGCGCGUUCGCCUAUGCGCGCUCGCUGCCCGCUCGCCGUCGUCUGCAUCUACGCGCUCACCGUCGCGAAAAGGUCGGCGAGGUGCAGGGAUGUCGACGCCGCGGCUGCGUCCACACGCGCUUGCCGUCCGCUCGUUUCCAUCCGCUCGCCCACGCAUGCUCGCAGCCCACUCGCCGCCGUUCGCUCGCCCACGCGCGCUCGCUGCCCGCUCGCUGUUGUCCGCAUCUACACGCUUGCCGUCACAAAAGGGCCGGCGAGGUGCAGGGAUGUCGACGCCGCGGCUGCGCCCACACGCGCUUGCCGCCCACUCGUUUCCGUCCGCUCGCCCACGCGCUCGCCGCCGUCUGCUCGCCGCCGUCAGCACCUAAGCAGACGCCAAGGCCGACGAGGUGUUGAGACGUCGGGACGGACUCGGGAGCGGCACAUAACUACCUCAAAUCCAAGUUCGACACAGACUUCCCUUCUUCAAUGUCUUUCUAUGAGUCCAGUCGUAUUGGCCAACAUAGUUGGACGACGAACGGCAAGAAGCCACCAACUCGGCACCCUCAUCGCGCCGCUGAGCAUCGACGUCAAGUGCACACUGAUCGUCCAGAAAAAAAUGGAUCAUAAUGUUGGGUCAAGCAAUGAUGAGAAUUCUGAUGUUCGACACUUAAAGAAAGCAAAGAUGAGUGAAGAAAAACUUUCAGAUGAAAAGACAAUGGCAUCGCCAACCAGAGAGACAUUGUCUUCAGAUUCUAAAUUGAUAGAUAAGCAAGUGAGAGAAGAAAAACUUCCAUUGGAUGACGAACAACAACCAAAAGAACAAAACGAUGUUGUUGAUACAUAUGACUAUCUACCACAAGAUUAUACAUUGACCAAUAUGGACUUAUGUGCUCAAAUAUUAAUUGAAACAUCUUCAAAAGACGACUUACUGGUGAAGAUUGAUGAAAUAUCUGUGAAACAACAUCAGUUAUUGUGCCUCCUAGACCAAGGCAAAUGGUUAGACGAUGAUGUGAUCAGUGCUUAUAUAUGUUGCAUAAGAGAUCAAGUACAUCUGCAAAAUAUGGAUAAUGCUAAGAUAUAUUUUCAAAAUCCCUUCAUUACUGGACUGUUUAAAAGGGAUGGCAACAUUGGUGUACAUGAAGAUAGUACUUUUAUUACAGAAAUUGUUAGAAAAUAUCUUGAGCAUGAAAUGAUUUUUCUGCCAAUAAAUAUCAAAGACAAUCAUUGGUAUUUAGCUGUUUUGAACGCAAGAAAGUCUGAGAUUCAAGUACUCGAUUCAUUGUGUUGGAAAUUCAACCGUGCUGACCUCACUAUUAUGUUACAAGGACUACAAUAUCAUUUGGACAUUCUUGAAAGUCAGCAAAACUUGAUUAAACAUGUUUGGAAAGAUCUUCAUGUUACUAAAUGGAAAGUCAGAGAAAAACUACAAGAACCAAUUCAGAAAGACAGUUCAUCUUGCGGCCUAUUUUUGCUCAAAUUCAUGGAAUAUUGGACUGGAGAUACACUAUCUCAUCCAAUUACACAGGAAAGUAUUAAUCUUUUUAGGUACAAAUUAGCCGGUAUAUUGUCAUGCUGGAAAUCAAAUACAGCACCACUGUUGACAAACUUCCAGGAAAAUCUUGACAAUAAGUCAAAUCCUGAUGAUGUUAUAAUAUUGGAAAGUGCAAAUGUUGAAAAGAAUUCAAAAGCAAUGUGCCCAUUGUCUAUUGAAAAUAAAUACUACUCACUAAUGUCUAUUCUUUCUAAGAUGGGCAUACGUGAGUUAGUAGGUGGCCUUUGUGACUACAUCAAAUCAAUUAAUUGUCCACAAACUUUGGAGAAAGUUUGGGUGCAAAACUGCAAACCAUAUUCCAUUAGCUUGACUCUCAAGAAACUGCAAGAAAUUCUAAACCAUGAUAUGCCCAUGGACAUAGAUACUUUUAAUUUGGUUGUUCCAAAACAUAUGCUUGAUGACAUCCAAAUGGUGAAGAAUCAAAGAGGAAUGAUAUCAAAGCAUUAUCUAGACUUGCAAUUUUGGGCAAAAUUUCAGCCAAAAUUUUGGUCUAUAAAAACUUUCGUCUGGCGGAGAGCCGCGCGUACGCGAUCUGUCAGCCGGCGUCGGCCGCCCACAACCGCCUCUGAGUUGGCUCGUCGCCGGACGGGCGGCUCGUCACCGCCGACACCUGCUCGGAGCUGAACCUCCUGAACCCAGUCACGGGCGCGCAGAUCUGCUUCCUGCCCGCCGCCACGCUCUCGUUCGUCGACGCACGCCGUGGCGCGGACGGCCACAUCGAGAGCUACGGCCUGCAGUUCUCCUUCUUCGACGGCGGUGGCAGCGGCUGCGGCGAGGAGGAGACGCUGGUAUCGCCGAAGACGCUCGUGCCCGACAGGCUCCGGUUCGAGGUGUACGAGAAAGCCGUCAUCGUGUCGGCGUCGCGGAGGUGUGGCACCUCGGCCUCCUCCUGGGGCGGGUACGCCGUGCUGCUCAUCUGUCAGCUCUUGAGCCGCCUCGCUGUCGCGCGGGCCGAAAACGCGGAGUGGCGCUCCUCGACGCCCACGCGCCGGGCGGUGCUGGGUGGACGCGGUGCGCUUGUCGUCGUCCUCCGGCGCGGACAGGACCUGGCGUGACCAUCAGCCGUGGGAGCCCUGGCCGGAGCACGUGGAGGACACCACCACGGGCGUCGAGUUCUUCGAGUGGACGGCCGCCGCCGGCCGAUGGGCGCGGGUGGAUGGUCGCGUCGUCCUGGGCGGGCGUGCGCUUUUCCUCGGGAAGAGCGCGUCGUUGUGCGUCCCGGCGGACGACGCCGGGGUGAGGGCGACUGCGUCUAGUUCACCGACGACAGGUCGUGGACGCAUGACCGGUGCCACGAGGUGCCGUCGGACGUGGGCGUGCUGGACCUCACCGACGAGAGCUACAGGCCGUCGCGCGGCGCCACCAGGACCUGCUCUGGAAGUGGCCGCCCCCGGUUUGGGUGUUCCCUUCGCUCGCCGGCUGAUUGAUCCGCGCUUCUAAAGUCUGAAUCUUGGAAACUUCCGUGACGAAUCUAUGCGUAGAGAUGCUCUUCAAUUUCUCAGAAAACAGCGGCUCAACUUGUCAUUGACAUGCUGCAACUCCAACCUGUGUGCAUGCGUACAACGAGUAGUUCUGUAGAUUAAUGAGGAUUGCGUUGAAGAACACGUGUAAGUUGUAACAAAGGUCAAUUUAUUUGUUGACCUCUUGCACUGACACGCUGUUGGCUGUGAAAACCCUGCAAUAAUAGAUAAAUAGAUGUUGUUUUUAAAAAGAAAGAUAAAUAUAUAUAUCUAUAUCUA